AUGGCGAAGAUUACUCUGAGGGUUGUUAGAAAGCCCAACUUGAUGAAGAAGAAGAAGAAGCAGCAGAAGAAUACUAGCAUCUCUGUCAAAGAGAUAACCAAAGCAUCUUUCGAGACCGCCCUUCCGAAGAAACCUUCCGCCCACAAAACCCUAGACGACGACGACGAUAACAACAAAGGUAGAAUCAAUUCGUCCUCGUGGGUUAAAUCUCUCUUACUCGGAAGCGGAGCCUACGGUUCCGUUUAUCUAGGUACCAGUAAGAGCAAGACACACCAAACCGGUGAAAGAGCCAUCAAAACUGCUGAGCUUUCUCACGCUUCAAGCCUCAUGGACGAAGGCAGGAUCAUGAUCCGUUUACAAUCGCCUUUCAUUGUCCGUUGCUACGGCGACGAGAUCGCACGCGAGGACUGUUCUACGCAAUACAAUCUGAUUCUCGAGUAUUGCUCUGGCAAAACCAUUGCCGACUUGAUCGAGGAUAAUCACGGGGAGCUACUUGAGUCUGAGACCAAAGUCUUCGCUAGAGAUGUCUUGUCUGGUCUCACUUACAUCCACGACAGAAACAUCAUUCACUGCGACAUCAAACCCGACAACCUCUUACUCUCCCCUACCCAUGUCUGGUUCAGGUCUACUGGGUACUUGACCAAGAUUGGGGAUUUUGGAUUAGCUAUGGAGAAAGGGUCGCUCGAGUACGGUAACGGAUACGGCCACAAGAGAGGCACCACGAGUUAUAUGGCUCCAAAGCUUAUGGCCCAUGGCAUUGUUGACUUUGGAUCAGAUGUGUGGGCUUUUGGAUACACAGUGUUGGAGAUGUUAUCCGGAAUAUCAGUUUGGGGAGAAUAUGGUGAUCUUGCUUUUGAUGAUUGGGUCACUCUCAUUGGCCACAGCGAUCGCAUGCCUCAUGUACCGGCUUUGUUAUCUAAAGAAGCACUAGAUUUCUUGAGCAGAUGCUUGGAGAGAGACGUUAACAAGAGGUGGUCUACGCAUGAACUCAAGAACCAUCCUUUUGUUCUGCUAUGA